AAGGCUGUCAAAGGACGUAUUGCUGUUACAGGAACUCUUCGUUAUUGGUUUGCAAAGCAUGCAAAUGGAGUCAUUGGCCGACCGCCGUCAUGUAGCUUUGCGUGUAGGCUUGUCGUUUGCCGUAACGAAAAACCAGGAGCAAGCAAAACUUGCCUGCAGCAGUUCAUUAGCAUGUACACAGUGCCCUGUGUCUAUAUUUCGUUUGUGCUGGGCUAGCAGGACCCCAAAAUGAUUUAAGGCAACUACAUGAUGUGUGCAUAUGUCUCUGGCAAUAUUUUCGAAGCAGUUGAAUGGAAGAGACAUGAUUGAAAUUUUUAGUCAUUGUGAAAAUUUGUUAACGCUGAUAUUUGCCUCUCAAAGGUGGGGGCACUCCGGCGGAAAGCCAAAUGAGUGAUGAGUUGCGGAGGGUUGGUGCGGUGGCAUCACAUAUGGCCACACGUCUGGCAAACCCCUUCGACAGCGACCGGACGGGGCCUGGAGUGGAGGCCACACCAGCUGUAGCAGCACUGCUGACUUCGUCGCAGCCGGGACGAAGCACUGAUGCAGAUGAUGCCGACAUGCAGUGUGACGACUUGUGGCAAUGGGAGUUGCCACACACCCAAGAUGAAGUGGCCAUGGACGAUCCAGCGCCACAAAGUGGUGAAGCUGCUCGGCCAGUUAGCCAUCAAGCAACUCGGCCAGCAUCACCCCCAGCUGCAGCUGCGCCAAGUGAAGUUCUGCCAGCUGCUGUGGCAACGGUGCCACCAGCCCGCCGUAAAAGGCGAUUAGAUGCUAGCGGGCCGUCCAGUUCGAGGGAUGACGCCGUGAAGAGCGAGCUCGUUGCUCGGCUUGCUGCCAUCUCAAAAGAUGCGCAGCAAAAGAGCAAAGAGCACUUUCUUCGCAUGAAGGUAACUCGUAAGGACCAUGAACUUCGCAUGCAGCUCGCUCAUGAUGAGCAUAAUGACAGAUUGCAGAAAAGAGAGGCAGAACAUUCGCAAGUGAUGGAAAACUUAAAAGCUAAAAAGGCCCUUAUUGAGCUUAAGAUAAAGCUUCUGCAAAAACAAAACGAAUAAGGCAGAACAAAAAUAUUUCAUAUAUUGGAAAAAAAAAGGUCUUAACCCUUUGCGGUCCGAAACUUUUACCCACUUUCCGGCUGUUCCGGUCCGAAACUAUUUUGCCAGUUUCUGGCGCCGCUAACAAAACCACCAACUGUGGAAGAAAAACUCUCAGGAUAUUUAUUUUUCUCUUGCAUUCUGCAGGCAACUCCUC